AUGACCGCAGUGCCCUCUCCCCAUCAAAAUUCCACCACCCCAAACAUAGAAAUGCCAUACCACCACAAACAGUCACCACGCGCCACCGCCGUCGCCCCCAGCUGCUCAUCUUUCUUCUCGCCAAAACUCUCUGUCUACCUUUGCUCAAUCUGCGUUACCCUUUUCGUCGUCUUCCACAUUCAAAUCCUCCAAACUCCAUUACCAUCUUCACCCAACACCCUUGCCUUCCUCCAUAACUGGCAAGAAAAACUGACAACCAACGACGACUCUCCUUCAUCAUGCGCUCCAGAUCUCGAAUCCAUGGGCGAUAAGCUUCGAGAAUCCGUUACUUUCCUUCCAUUGAAAGACCUCCGGUUCUCAAACGCCGCCCUCGUGGGCCACACAUGGUUCAUGAGCUCGCUCUACGACACACAUGAAGAAGGUGAAGUCCAAUACCAACAAUUCCCUUCAAAGUCAUCCGAUGGCCGGAUUCUCUGCAUCAAAGGUCACGACAAUCACGACGGAUCAUGGAACUACUAUGCACUAGCAUACCCUGGAUUCCUACCCAAAAACGCCACCCUCGUCACCGGCCGGACGUUCGUAUCCUACAACCACUACGAUUUCAGUAACAUCUGGCACGGAUUAUCUUCCCUUUUCCCGUUCGUUGCGUGGCAUCUGAAAAACGAUUGCGCAUUGCCCAGUCGGUGGAUUUUAUAUCACUGGGGUGAGGUUCGGACUGGAAUGAGCCCGUGGUUGAAUACGCUUAUGGAUGCGACGUUCGGUGGGGAAAUGAACAUUGAGAAGUUCGAUGACGGCGGCGACGAGCAGUCGACGUUUUGUUAUGAGGAGGCGGUGGUGAUGAGGCAUAACGAAGGAGGGAUGUCGAGGGAGAGGAGGAUGGAGGUUUAUGAUCUGAUUCGAUGCAAGGCGAGGAUGAUGUGUGGGCCGAGAUCGUUUAGAAAUGAGACGGCGGUGGUGGAGAUUUUCAAAAGGGAGUGUGAGAAGGUGGAGAACUGCCGUUUGAGGGUGGCGUAUUCCAGUAAUCUUACCAUCUGUGAACAGAUAAAAUUGAUGGGAUUAACAGACAUAUUAGUUUCUCCACACGGAGCACAGCUAACUAACAUCUUCCUAAUGGAUAGAAACAGUAGUGUGAUGGAGUUUUACCCAAAAGGUUGGCUCAAAUUAGCCGGUGUCGGUCAAUUUGUCUACAAAUGGCUAGCCAGUUGGUCUGGAAUGAAAUAUGAAGGGGCAUGGCGGGACACAGAUGGCGAACAUUGUCCCUACCCUGAUGAUGAUCGUCGUUGUAUGUCCAUCUAUAAGAAUGGUAGAAUUGGAUACAACUCAACUUAUUUUCGUGAAUGGACUUCCAAGGUUCUUAAUGAAGUUAAAAUGAGGAAAUUUGAAGAGGCCUCAAAAGGAAGCAUAAUUCGUACCAAGUGUGCUUGUAGCUAAUAUGUACAAUUUUCAAUACAUAAAUUUUAAGUUCUUUUAACAUUAUUGUUUUGAAUUUGAGCAUUCAUGCUUUGAGGAAAGUGUAUGCUAUUUUCAAAAAACUUAGUGAUAUGAUUUUAAUGGCGCAGGAAGAUUUGGUUAGUAAACAAAGUAUCGUAUCACAUGAAUUCAUAUAUUAAUUUCGAAAAAAACUAACAUUAUGCAG